AUGAAGUUCGAGGAGCUCGACCAACUCAGCAAGUACGAGCUUGUGGGCUCUGUCAACCGCAACAUUCUCCACGAGCUCGCCCAGCUGAAGCUGACCAUUGCCGAGCUGGAGGAGACCUGUAUUGCCCGCUUCGGCUUUGACGGCCAGUACCACCCAGACUCUGCCUACGGCGUCGACGAGGCCGCACGCUUUGCGCCCGACCGCGAGCACGAUGCUCGCCGACCGAUCCCCGGCUCGUGGUCUUCCAAGGGCAAGGGCAAGGGCAAGGGCAAGGACAAGUCAAAGUCCAAAAAGUCCAAGGACAAGUCCAAGAAGAAGUCGCGCUCGUAA